UAGAAACCGAAAUUAAAAAGAAAAAGUCUAAAAAAAUGAAGAGUCUUGAAGAUUUUACAGAUGAAGGUGAAUUUCAUAUUAAACCAUCAACUGAAAUACCAGAAGUUCACAGUGCACAUUGGCCCCUUCUGAUGAAGAACUACACCCAGUUGCACACCAAAACAAAUCAUUUUACACCACUGACUCAUGGUUCUUCACCGUUACAAAGAAACAUCACUGAUUAUAUUCGAUCAGGUUAUGUAAAUCUUGAUAAACCUUCCAAUCCAAGUUCUCAUGAAGUUGUUGCCUGGAUCAAACGAAUUCUUCGUGUGGAGAAAACAGGACAUUCAGGGACCUUAGAUCCCAAGACAUCAGGUUGCUUAGUUGUUUGUAUUGAGAGAGCCACCCGGCUUGUGAAAUCACAACAAUCAGCGGGUAAAGAGUAUAUUAGUGUUUUUAAACUUCAUGAAGCUGUUGAAGAUAAAGAUCGGGUGAAAUGGGCGAUGGAUGUCUUUAAAUCUACUCAGUUUCAACGGCCUCCUCUGAUUUCUGCUGUUAAGAGACAGUUGAGAAUUAGAACAAUCUAUGAUUGCAAACUUAUUGAUUACGAUCCUGCUAAAAGAAUAGGUGUGGCAUGGUGGAAAUGCGAAGCUGGUACAUAUAUUCGUACCAUAUGUGUGCAUAUAGGUUUAUUGUUAGGAGUUGGUGGUCAAAUGAUCGAAUUACGAAGAAAUAAAUCAGGUUUCAAUUCUGAAGAUAGUGGAAUGUAUACGAUGCAUGAUAUUUUGGAUGCUCAAUGGCUUUAUGAUAAUCAUCGUGACGAAAGCUAUCUCAGGAAGGUUAUUAGACCGCUUGAAGGAUUACUUGUCCAUUAUAAAAGGAUUGUUAUGAAAGAUAGUGCGGUAAAUGCUGUUUGUUAUGGUGCUAAAAUUAUGUUACCAGGAGUUUUGAAAUAUGAGGAUGGAAUUGAAUUGGAUGAAGAAAUAGUUGUAAUGACAACUAAAGGAGAAGCUAUUUGUAUAGCAACUGCCAUGAUGACUACGUCUACGAUUGCUAGCUGUGAUCAUGGAUUCGUAGCAAAAAUUAAAAGGGUGGUAAUGGAUCGAGAUACCUAUCCGAAAAAGUGGGGUCUUGGUAAAAAGGCUACAAUGAAGAAACAAUUGAUUAAACAGGGACUUCUCGAUAAAUAUGGCAAACCAAAUGAAAAUACCCCUUCAGAAUGGCUGAAAGGAUAUGUAGAUUAUUCUUCUGAAAAAAAUGAAGCCACAAUCAAGAAAGAAAUUAAAGAUGAGCCCAUGUGGGAAGACGGAGAUAAUACUGAUAAAAAGCGGAAACUUUCAAAUCAAUCUCCAACUCAAGAACUCUUGAACUCAAGUGAAAAACCUAAAAAGAAAAAGAAGAAGAAGUCCAAGGCUAAUGAUGCUGAAAGGCCAGAGGAAGAAGAAACACCCAUCUCUUCUGCAGUUAAUGAUAUUGAAAAUGAUGUUGAAGUAAAAUUAGAGAAAAAGAAAAAGAAGAAAAAAUCUAAAGAUAAAGAUAUGGAAGUUACUGAAGAAUAG